AUGGGCCGCAGGAUCCAGGUAGAGGUGCGUCUUCGUCCCGGCGAGGGUGGCGCCUCGUGCGUCGGUGUUGAGGGCAUAGACAGUCAGGAUGUUGUGGUUGCAGACCUUACCGGAACACAUGCGAGCAGCGUCCCCCGAAACUUCCAUGUUGACCGCGUGAUUUCUCAAGGCUGCAGUAAUGAGGAACUAUUUCGCACUCUCGUGCUGAAUCGCGUCCUUUCUUCCAUUGACGAGCCUGACACCUCCUGCUUCUUGGCCUACGGCCACACAAACAGCGGCAAGACACAUACAAUUGCCGGCUCAGAACAGGAGCCGGGACUGUUGACGCUCUCCACCAAGGCUGUUCUUGAUGUGCACGGCGUUGCGGAGGUCGCAAUGUUGGAAGUGUACGGGGAGACGGUGCAUGAUCUUCUUGCCCAGGGGGAGCGGCGCCAGAUCCGCCGUCGCGCGGGCCCUGAUGGAACAGUUAUUGUGGUGGAAAACUUGACAACCUGCUCUAUCACGUCGAUGGAAGAAUGGAGGGCUGUGGCAGAGUUCGGGAUGAAAACAAGGCGGACCGCCCCAACAGAGCGCAAUUCGCGUAGUAGCCGCAGUCAUGCAAUUUUUACAAUUAAGAGCCGUGGCCUGCGACUCUGUCUUGUUGACUUGGCAGGUAGUGAGCGGCAAACUACAUAUUCGCCGCAGCUGAACAAGGAGAGUAUCGCUAUCAAUAAAUCUCUCUCGCGUCUUAGCACGGUGCUAGAAGCUCUCAGCGCAACACGUGUAAAGGCAGACGGCACUGCGUCAUACGUGAAUUUCCGAGACACGACGCUGACAGUGCUGCUUCAACGGUACCUUUCAGGAGCCUCCAUGACCGUAUUUCUUGCCUGCAUCCACCCUGAUGCUCAAUUUUACCACGAAACGAUGAGCACCAUGCGUUACACGCAGCGACUAAAACGUAUUCACACAAAGGCCCCUCCACAGAAACCGAGCGAGGACAUGAGCUUAUUUCACCCGGGAGAGAAACAAGACCUCCUUGCUGAACUGCUGCUACUAAGAAAGAUUGUUGGAGAGCAGCAGCAAAGACAACAACAACAAAAUCCACACUACUCCUCUAGCUUCAAAACUGUUGUUGAGCAGGCACUAAAUGGGCGAUUAGACCAGAGUCCUCUUUCGGGUUGUUCGCUUCCAACGCGCGGAUCUCCUUCACAGGAAGGCACUGAAAAAACCACCUCCCCUGGUGCAGACCACCGACAACGUUUACUGCGUUCAAAGGACACAAAACGUGUUGCGGGGUGGCUUCUUAGUCGUAUCCUUGGUGAACUACCGGAACUUUCUGUGGGGUUUGACGACUAUUUUGACCCCUAUCUUCCUCCCCAGGUGCAGGUGGUGGGCUACGCCUCGUUAAUGGCAUGCUUGGCGCCGCGUGACAAGAAUGAGUCGGGUGAUAAUUUGGCCUUCCUAGAUGUUGGUGAUAUUGCGAUGGGGCUGUCAAUGCUUGAUGCGGGUAUCCCUGCUUGUGUCGGGUUACAUCGACUUAACUGCAGUGCCAGUGAGUCUUGGGAGGCACAUGAAUACGACGAGACAAACAAAGUUUUUGUUUUGGCUUUCUUUGAAAUCAGUGAAGAGCUGGUGGAGACGAUGGGUACUGCACGUGACUCCUUUGAGUGCUGUGGGGGACUCCUGACGCUUGAACCACUGGUGCCGCUGGCGGUGGUGCUCUGCACUCCUCUCAACGCGUCGGACGAGCUGAAGGAGAACAUUCUUCAGCACCUUGUUACGCUCCAGGGUGAACAGGAAGGUAUGUUGGAGGAUGCCAUGCAUGAUGCGCCGUUGUCUUCGCCUCCGAUGAAUGAAGACACCAGUCUCACAGAUUCUGCGAGACGGCUGAGCGCUUCUGCAUUGUUGGAGAUAACACUGAAACGCGGAAACGUCGGUGACGAGAAGGGCGUUACUUCUUCCAGUGACUCCAUCGGCUCACCGGCGGCGCCGCUUGCGGAGGAGAUUGAACGCCAAGCACAAAACCAGCCACAGCUGCGGUCGCCAUUACAGGUGAUGCCGCUUCUUUUCUCAGGGGAUGGAGCACUCGGUCUUCCCCCUGAGUCGUCAUCCCACCAUCCAGUUCGUGCGUUUGUGAUUUCCUCUUCCUCGUACUCUUCCUCUUUUUCGUCGUCAGCGUCUUCGUCUGAUAAUGAAGAAAUGGGAGUGGCGGUGCCAGCGGUUGAGCAGGACCCUCAAGCUGCGCCGUUAGAGGGCCUGCUCAGACUACCAGUUCAGAGCGUCGACAAUGACAGUGAUAGUGACACCGAGAGCGAGAGCAAGGUCGGUACCCCUGAGAGCAUUGACGACAGAAUCAGUAGUAGCGGCAGCAAUAGACGCGGCGGAGAAGGAGGAGACAGCGGUGGCGGUGGCGGUGGUGGCGACAACGACAACGACGACGACGACGGAGGCGGCAGCAGCGUGGGUGGAGUUGCUGUUUCCCCAGCUGAUGUGCGUUUUAGGGCCCUUGCCACGGGCGCACUGCCGCCUCAUGCAGAGGUGUCGCGGUACCCAGCGCACGGAUCGACGAGUGACGCCGUUGACUCUCAAAGAACGCUUUCGGAUCGGAGCCAAGAGGAUUAUACGGAUCAUUUCUGUACCACGCCGUUUUCUUUCCCACUUCCUCCUCCGCCUCCUCCUGCCAAUGUAGCUGCUGCCUCUUUUACUGCGCCUCCUUCUCUUCCUGCUGGGCAGACAGUGGAGGAUACAAGAGACAAGAAAAAGAAGAAAAAAAGCCAUAGAAGGCGUCUGCCGGUGAUGCAGGGGUGCCACGGGUGCGCAGUUAUAUAG